GCUGAAGCCACGCCCAGCGCCAUUUUGCGGCUGUCAAUCUUCUGACGUCAGCGUGUGCUCUGCAGGUGCAGGGAGAGAGCUGCUGCAUUGGUGCAAUAAGACCCGAGCUACAUAAAGAGAGAUGGCAUCAGCUACAGAUUCUCGCUAUGGGCAGAAAGAAUCCUCCGACCAGAACUUUGAUUACAUGUUCAAGAUCUUAAUUAUUGGGAACAGCAGCGUGGGCAAAACCUCCUUUCUUUUCCGAUAUGCAGACGACUCUUUCACCCCAGCUUUUGUCAGCACGGUCGGAAUAGACUUCAAAGUGAAAACUAUUUACAGGAAUGACAAAAGAAUCAAGCUGCAGAUCUGGGACACCGCUGGACAGGAAAGGUACAGGACAAUUACCACUGCAUACUACCGGGGGGCUAUGGGCUUUAUCCUGAUGUAUGACAUAACCAAUGAAGAAUCAUUCAAUGCUGUACAGGACUGGUCAACUCAGAUCAAGACAUAUUCCUGGGACAAUGCUCAAGUUCUAUUGGUUGGUAACAAAUGUGACAUGGAGGAUGAAAGAGUUGUAUCAUCGGAACGGGGAAGACAGCUGGCAGAUCACCUUGGUUUUGAAUUCUUUGAAGCCAGCGCUAAAGACAACAUUAAUGUGAAGCAGACAUUUGAACGUUUGGUGGACAUAAUCUGUGAAAAGAUGUCCGAAAGCUUGGAUACGGCUGAUCCAGCUGUUACUGGAGCAAAACAGGGACCUCAGCUCACCGACCAGCAGGCUCCACCACACCAGGACUGUGCCUGCUAAAGAAUAUACCUUUUCUUGUCCACACACACAACAUUUCGCACCCCUGCCCCUAUCAGCUGUAAAAUGGUGACCUCUCCCUCACUGACCUUUUAAAAAACCUGCAUAUCAUCAGAAGAUGACUUUGUCUGUUACAACCUUUUUAGUUAGAAUCUAUGUAGCAAAGAGAGCGUUAAAACUGAGUGGUUGAAUAAAAAAAAAAAGUUAAAAAUAAAUUAUAUAUAAAUAUAUAUCUAUAUGUAUAGAGAGAGUGACUCAAUAAUAGUAAUGAGAUGGAAAUGACUAGGAAAAUGCCAUGUUUGUACCGAGUCUUUCUACUACGCAAAGUAGUGGUGGUUAAACACUAAGAUCUAUGGAAGGACAUGACUCUGACUCUGUACGGCAUGGAUUUUUCAAGCGUUUCAAUGGCAAUAUCCAACAGAAAUAAGACCUCCUAUAAAUGUGUUCGCAUGAAACAUGAAUGUUCUAUCAGUUCACCCUGAAUUGCUUUUUGUGUGUGCAUUGAAACACUUCCAUAUCGUACCUCUUGCCACUCUUUUGUGUUAAGAUUAUUUAUAUAUACAGUAUAUAUUUUAUUAUACUUUUGUUUUCCUGUGUCUGAAAUUGCAAUAUGUAUGUGAGAAUCUUUCUAUUUUAAUGGAGUGCCGUUCCAGGUUCCCGCCACAAGGAGGCAGCUGCUUAUAGAGGAGUACUGUGGCCAGUAAUAGUCCUUUUAAUGUCCUCGCUUUAGGCGGUGAUAGAAUAUUAUCCUUUAAAUAAAUAUUCUAGUUCUAUUUAAUUUUUGAUCUCCUAGAGUAUAGUCACAAAUAUAUAGCAAAUUGUAUGUUAAAUAUUACAGGCUUUUUAAAACUGCAUUUGAGUGGUGUGAAUCUCCUCUGCAAUUUUGUUGACGUAGUUACAAUAGAGUAAGUGAAAAGAGGAUCAUUUUUGUUUUAAUAAAUGUAUUUCUAAAAAGAGUUGGAUCUUAACAAAAAAGAAACCUCUUUAAAGGUGCAACAUCUCCAUUGUUCUGUCCCCGCUAUUGGAAUUUUAGAUUAUGACUGCCAGCAUCCCUUCAGACAGUAAGCUGCUUAAGCUGGCUACAUAAUAAGAAGUGGAGGCCAAAAAUGAACUUUUAUUAAUGCAUUUUGUUCUCUGGUGAUAAUACUCCAAGUAUUUCAUUGCCACCAGCCCCUACUCUAGUCCUUCACAUUGACACACAUUUCUGCCAUUCAGUGGGGUCCAUCUUUUAACAGGUAUUCCUUUUUUUUAAAUUCAAGAAAUUAAUGGUUGGGAAAACUGAGCUAAAUCAAGUAAAUCUGAUGAGCAGCCACAAGCUGAUUUUUGUGGAAUGGCUCCAGAGUGGUAAACUGAGCAUUGUGCAUGCAUAAGUAUCAUUUCUAUGUGCGGGGGAAUAAGGAAAGCGUUGUUAGUUGCACCUUUAACAGAAAUGGUUUACUUGAUUUUUCCAAGUUAAGAAUAAAGUCUUCAGUCUGCUGUUCACUUGGCUAUUUCUUCCUUUUUUUUUCUCUCCACAUUGUUACUUACCUUGGAAUAUAACACUUGAAGGGACUGUGCAAAGAGAAAAACGUAGCCACUGGAAUGCCCACAGUCACAAGAAUGGUGGUCAUGUGUCCCCCACCCUACAUGAGUGGA